GGGCCUCCUCAGUCCCACCAGCCCCGCGGCCGAAGAGCGCGGGCUGGGACCGAGGCCACGGCGGUGGGCGCCUCCCCCAACGUCUUUCUGGAACCCCUGGAGCGGGGCGAGGGCGAAGACGAGGCUGAGUGGGGCCGGAAUCAUGAACCGGAGUUUCCACAAGUCUCAGACCCUGCGCUUCUACGACUGCAGUGCGGUGGAAGUCAAGAGCAAGUUUGGGGCUGAGUUCCGAAGGUUCUCCUUAGACCGCCAAAAGCCUGGGAAGUUUGAAGACUUCUACCAGCUGGUUGUGCACACCCACCACAUCGCCAACACCGAAGUGACCAUCGGCUACGCAGAUGUGCACGGCGACCUGCUGCCCAUCAACAACGAUGACAACUUCUGCAAGGCGGUCUCGAGCGCAAACCCCCUGCUCAGGGUCUUCAUCCAGAAACGAGAGGAGGCCGAGCAGGGCCUGGCGACCGGCUCGCUCUCGCGGCGCAAGAAGGCGCUGGCGCUGCGGGAGGAGGGGCCCCGCCGGCGCGCGCACCUGCACAUCGGGCUCCCGCAUGACUUUCGCCCCGUGUCCUCCAUCAUCGACGUGGACAUCCUGCCCGAGACGCACCGGCGUGUGAGGCUGUACCGGCACGGCUGCCAGAAACCUCUGGGCUUCUACAUCCGCGACGGCAUGAGCGUGCGGGUGGCACCGCAGGGGCUGGAGAAGGUGCCGGGCAUCUUCAUCUCGCGCAUGGUGCCGGGGGGCCUGGCCGAG